AUGCAGUACGCAAAGGAGAAGUUGAGCAACCUGGCCAGUUCAGCCAAGGAGCACGUAAAUAUUUACAAAGCCGAAGUAGAAGAAAAGUUAGAGGCAGUAGAGGCAAGGACGAAGGAGGAGAAAAAGAUGGCCAAAGUGCAGAAGGAAGCUAGGGCAAAGAUGGAGCUGCAUAAAGCCAAAGCCAGGCAUGCGGAGAAGAAAUUGAGCUCCAGGCAACCCCAUGUUCAUGGCGGCAGCGGCGGCCGCCACCACCACCAACUGCUUUCUGCCGGCACUCGCCAUAUGCAUGGCCACCAGCAUCUGGGAACUGCUGGUCAUCCCACGGCUGGGACACACUAA